UCUUUUUCACAGCAACAUCACCAGUGAUUUGAAAGCAUUUACAGACAAGUUUGGUUAUGAUGUCCUCAUCCUGUUUGCCAGCUCCCUGUCGGAGGAACAGCAGCCGAGGCGACAGAUUGCUGUGUACUCUGAGAACCUGGAACUGUGCAGCCAGAUUUGCUGUGAGCUGGAAGAGAGUCAGAACCCUUGCCUGGAACUGGAGCCCUUUGAGUGUGGUUGUGAUGAGAUCCUGGUGUACCAGCAGGAGGACCCUUCAGUGACCUGUGACCAGGUGGUUCUCCUUGUCAAGGAAGUCAUCAACAGGAGGUGCCCAGAGAUGGUCUCCAACAGCCGGACCUCCUCCACAGAAGCAGUGGCAGGCAGUGCCCCGCUCUCCCAGGGAUCUUCUGGGAUUAUGGAGUUGUAUGGUUCUGACAUUGAGCCUCAGCCUAGCUCUGUGAAUUUCAUAGAAAACCCUCCAGAUCUCAAUGAUUCUAAUCAGGCUCAGGUGGAUGUCAAUGUUGACCUUGUUAGCCCAGAUAGUGGAUUGGCCACCAUCAGGAGCAGCCGCUCCUCUAAGGAGAGCUCAGUGUUCCUCAGUGAUGAUAGUCCGGUGGGAGAAGGUGCAGUGCCCCACCAUAGCCUACUCCCAGGGUUUGACUCCUACAGUCCCAUCCCGGAAGGAGUGGUAGCAGAAGAGCACACACGGUCUGGAGAACAUGGUGAACACUUUGACCUCUUCAACUUUGACCCAGCACCUCUGGUUUCUGGGCAGUCCCAACCAUCAUCCCAUUCUGCAAACUCCUCCCCUGCAGAUGACUUCUUCCCCAACAGUGAUUCAUCAGAAGGGCAGCUCCCCACUGGGCCUAAAGGACUCGAUGGAUUAGGCAUCAAUAUUUCAAAUUAUUCAUCCAAGUCACUUUUGUCAGGAGCUGGCAAAGAUAGCCUCAUGGAAUUUGGUGAGGAGUUUGUCCAGAGACAAGAAAGUCCUGGAGAUAACUCUGAAAGAAAUUUGAACUUGACAGGCUUUGUGGGAGAUGAAUCUCCUUCCCCAGAAAGGCUGAAAGAUAUCGGAAAGAGGAUUCCACCAACACCUAUGAAUAGCUUUAUAGAGAGCUCACCAUCCACUGAAGAACCAGCUUCACUUUAUCCAGAAGUUAUGACGCCAAAAGCAAUCGAUGCAGGUCACACAGGGCUGCCUCAGACCCGUGCACGAUGUAGCAGUUGGUGGGGUGAUUUGGAGCUUGACUCUAAAAAUAUUGCAGAUGCAUGGAACUCCAGUGAACAGGAGUCUGUCUUCCAGAGCCCUGAAUCAUGGAAAGACCAUAAGCCAAACCCAGCUGAGAGGAGAACCUCAUCUUCUGUAUUUCAACCCAAGAGUCUUGAAUUUUCAAAGCCAGGACCCUGGGAAUCUGGAUUUGGUCAGCCUGAAUUGGGUAGCAAUGAUAAUCAAAACCAAAAUGAGGAAAGCUUACAGUUUCAGAACCUGCCUACUGAGAAAUCACAUUCGCCAAAUACUUCUCCUCAGAAAACAAACCACCUGAUAGAAGACUUUGCUGCUUUGUGGCAUUCUGGUCGGUCUCCCACAGCAAUGCCUGAGCCAUGGGGAAAUCCUACAGAGGAAGGUGAACCAGGAGUUGCAGUGUCAUUUCCAGCCUGGAGUGCAUUUAGUAAAGAAGAUAAUACUGAAGCUUUAAAAAAGACUUGGAAUCUGCACCCGACAAGUAGUGAACCACCUUCUGUGAGGGACCCACAUGAGUGGGCCAUGGCAAAAAGUGGGUUUUCUUUUCCUUCAGAAGACUUACUGGACAAUUCUCCCAGUGAGGCAAAUCAUGAAUCAGCAGCGCCUGAUAUCUGGGGCAAAAAGAACCAUGACUCUAGGGAUAAUAUUCUUGUAUCUGGAAAUCCAAUUUCUGAUCUGGAUCACACAUGGAAUAAUUCUAAGCCACCAAAGGAAGAUCAGAAUGGUUUAGUGAAUCCUAAAACUAGGGAGAGGGUAUAUGAAAAGGUGGAUUCCUGGAACAUCUUUGAGGAGAGUAUUAAGAAAGGAGGGUCAGAUGCCCUAGCUCCUUGGGAAGAUUCCUUCUUAUCAUAUAAAUGCUCUGAUUAUAGCGCAUCCAAUGUAGGAGAAGACUCAGUGCCUUCCCCCUUAGAUACCAACUACUCUACCUCUGACUCUUACACAUCACCCACAUUUGCUGGAGAUGAAAAAGAAGCCGAAAACAAGCCUUUUGCUAAAGAGGAAGGUUUUGAGUCCAAAGAUGCUAAUUCUAUCACAGAGGAGGCUGAAAUUCCACCUCAGUCACUGCAGCCACCACCCAGAUAUCGAAUUAGUUCAGGUCCUGGGAACUUAGACAUGUGGGCUUCCCCUGAAGCAGAUAAUAGUCCUGAAGUAAAUGCCAUUCAGAACCCAGAUAAAGACGUACUCAAGACAGAGCGCACAGAUGAUAAGAACAUCUCCAUGGAGGAUGAUGUAGGGGAGAGCAGCCAGUCCAGUUAUGAUGACCCUAGCAUGAUGCAGCUGUACAACGAAACAAACCGACAGCUCACACUUCUGCACAGCAGCACCAACUCCCGGCAGGCAGCCCCUGACAAUCUUGACCUGUGGAACAGAGUGAUCCUGGAGGACACUCAGUCCACUGCAACAAUCUCAGAUAUGGAUAAUGAUCUGGACUGGGAUGACUGCAGCGGGAGUGUGGCCCUCCCCAGUGAUGGUCAAGGAGCAGGAUACAUGGCUGAAGUUGCUGAACCAGAAACCCGAUUUUCAGUGAGACAGCUGGAACCUUGGGGUGUGGAGUAUCAGGAAGCAAAUCAGAUAGAUUGGGAACUCCCUGCUUCUGCUGAACACACCAUUGACACUGCCCCCAAUGAACAUCACACACUGAAUGAGAAGAGUGGGCAACUGAUUGCAAACAGUAUUUGGGAUUCUGUCAUGAGAGAGAAAGACAUGUCAUCAUUUGUGAUGCCAGGCCCACCACAUAUUACAGAUCCGGGGCAAAACAAAUUGCCUCCUGAAACACUCGACCAUUCAGCAAAUGGUAAGGAUAGUCACAUCCCAUAUGUGCUAGAAACAUCUAGAACCAGUGAGUCAGGAGCACUCAUACCUCAUUCCAACAACCAAGCCACAUGGGAGGAAGCCCUGCAAGGUGAAACCACAUCCUUGGGGACCAGCCUUGAGAAUCUAGGGCAUUCAGAUUCAAGGACAGGUCACAGUUAUGGACAAAGUGAAAAUGAGAAGGAAGGUGAUGGAGCCACUGACAAAGGGUGCUUUGAAGAGGAGGCAGGGGUAGGCUUUGGGCUGGAUAGUGCCUCAGGGACGUCUAGAAAAGGGCCAGCGGACCAAGAACUCUCUUCUCCAGUUGCACCUGAACAUCAAGAAGUCUGUACUGAAUCAGGUCAGAUCAGCUCUCUUUCAGUCACCUUCAGUCCUCAAACAAAGGAACCAGAGGAAGUUGCAGAGCAUGAUAUGGGGUCUUAUACUCUAGACUCCUGUGAAAGACAAACAGAGUUGUCCACAAAUAACCUAGAGGCAAAAGAUAUUUAUGAAAAUCCCCUUGUGCUUUCUAAGAUUUCUGAGAUUUCAGAUAGAAUGACUUUAACAAAAAAUGUCUCUUUGCCUGAAAUGAACCUUGAGAAAACUGAAGAAUGUAUCAUUCUGGAGCCAGAGAAGAUAAAUCAAGGGUCAUAUCAUGAAUUUACCCAAAACCAUGAUAUUCGGGAUGCCCCUAAAGACAGUGAUGUUCAGGUCAAUUGCAUCAAUUCUCAAAUAACUAAGGAUCUUGAGGUUAAGGGUACUGAGAACAGUCUUCCAGGGGCCAGGUCAUCUGGAAACUAUGACAGAGAUAGCAUUUCUAGUGAGUGUACUCAUUCAAGUGCAUCAAGUCCUGACCUAAAUGAUUCUUCCACUGUAUUGCCUUCCUGGGACCAUGGGCCCCAUACUGAGUUUCAGGAAGAGAAUCGAGAUGAUUGGAGUGAACAGAAUUGCCAAGAAUCUGAACAAAUUACUGCUGGUGACCAAGUAGAAAUAAUUACCAAAGUGACAGACUUAAAGAAAGACAGAAUGGAGGAGUUGAAUUCUAAGGUUCCCAAAUUUUUAGAGAUUUGGAAUGACCCAGUUCAUGGUGAUUCUUUAUCCUCUUUAUCCAGCCCUGAAACAGACAAAUUUUCUGAAUAUUCAGGGGCAUGUGAGGAAGGAAAUCUAAUGGUUAGCCUUCAGGAGAAAAGUGAACAUGACAUUCCUGAAACCGCACACCCGGAGGAUGGCAAGGUCAUUUCACCAAGCUCAGGUUCUAAUGAUGAUGGGGUAGGCCACGAAAAGUCAGUGGGGAAGGGCAUUCAUUUGGCCACUGGACAACUUGCUCAGUGCGAGUCUAGAGCUUGGGAUUCGUCAAAUGAGUCUGAUCAGUUUAUGGCCACAGCGGAUACCAAGUUGGAGAGAUUUUCUAACUAUAUAGACAGUGCAGAGCCACCAGAGAAUGAAGCUCAGUCAAGCCCAUUCAGUGACAAUCACCAGAGCAGCCCUGAUCAGUGGAGUUUCUCACCACUAACAGAGACUGAAAUACGGAUUACUGCCAUGGAGAAGAAGACAAGAUCUCCAGAAACACAGAAGACAGGAGAUGUCACCUGGCAAAUAUCUCCUAAAACAGAACCAAAGAAUGAACAUGAUUCUAAACUGGAAAUGCUUGGCUUCUCAGCUGACAGCACUGAGUGGUGGAAUGCCUUGCCACAGGAAGGGAAACCCAUACAGAGUGCAUUUGAAGGGGGACUGUCCAACUCAAGUGGAGUGUUAGAAGCAAAUGCUUCAGCAUACCAAAAUGCGGGUCCAUGGAGAGUACCCACUCAGGGUGAUAGUGAAUCCACAGAAACACACCACACUAAUCCUUUCAGCAAUCAACACCAGUCACCCUUUCUGGAUAGCAGAGAGGCAAACUCUCACAAGCAACUUUGGAACAUCCAACCACGGCAGCCAGACUCAGAUGCUGAUCAGUUUAGCCAGCUUGUCAUAUUGGACCAAAUUAAAGAAAAGAAUUCAAGAGAGCAAACCUUUGUGUCUUCAGCUGUGGAUGGACUCCCUUCUGAAGCAACUACCCAACCGCAUGGUCAAGAUACAGUACCAUUGGUCUGGGAUCAGUCAGCCCCUGCAUUUACUCACCACGAUGAGAAUGAAUGUGUUGGAGCUAAUGUCUCAACUAUUGAAUGUCAAGAAACAAAUUGGUGGGAACAAGAAAAAUCAUACCUCGAUGAAAUGACACAUUCAAGGCUUGCUACAGAAAAUUUCCCUGCUGUCAAUUUUUCCACUCAGUUGAUAAAAAAGUCAGGCUCUGACUGGAAUGACUGUGCCCAUAGCGAUGGCUCCCAAGGUAACUUUGUUCCGGAUAUUUUACAUGGCAACUUCCAAGAGGGUGGGCAGUUGGCCUCAGCUUCACCUGACUUGUGGGUGGAUGCUAAGCAGCCCUUCAGUUUGAAAGCAGAUGGUGAGAAUCCUGAUCUACUGACUCAUUGUGACCAUGACAGCAAUUCUCAGGCUUCGAACAGCCCUGAUAUAUGUCAUGAUUCUGAAGUCAUGCAAGAGACUGAGCAGCACAACAGAGCUUUCAUGGGACCUGAAGGAGGAUCCGGUGAAUUUUAUUUCACUGAACCAAAGGAGAACAAAGAGCCUAGUCAGGAGCCCAGGAAGGAAUUUGUCCCAUGUAAUUCAGAACUCCAUUCUGAAAAUGCAAUUCCACUGUCUCCAGUUGGCAAUCAGGCAGACAUUAAUGGCUCAUCUCAGCCUCCUUCUAAUUCAGGUUCCCCUGAUCCUUCUGAAAUAAAUGAUGACCGCAGUUCAGGAUCAAAAGCAUCAGAAAAUGGAACCAACCCAGAUACAGCACCAAUUUUAGAACCCACUGACAGGACCGUCCCAAGGAUUGAAACUGUGGGAAGCCCUGGUUUUGUAACUCACCAAGAGCCAGCUAUGGGAGACAACAGCUCUUGGGCAUCAGAGGGCUUUUCUCCUGAAGGUCAGACAGGUGCAAGAGUCUUGUUUGACUGUGAGCAACCUCUUGCCAUUGAGAACCCUGCUACAGUUACUGAUGCUUUGCUAGCUCCAGACACUUGUCUGGAUAUAAGCGAAGCUGCUUUUGACCACAGUUUCAGCGAUGCCUCAGGUCUCAACACAUCCACAGGAACAGUAGAUGACAUGAGUAGAUUGACAUUCUCAGAAGGUCACCCUGAAACACCACUUGAGGGGGAUGCGGGAAAGCACGAUAUCUGCUCAUCUGAAGCCUCGUGGGGCGAUUUUGAAUACGAUGUAAUGGGCCAGAAUAUCGAUGAAGAUUUCAUGAAAGAGCCUGAAUACUUCCUCUAUGGCGGUGACCCUCCCUUGGAGGAAGAUAUCCAGAAGCAAUCCCUGGCACCAUACACACCACCUUUUGAUUUGUCCUAUCUCACAGAACCUACCCACGGUGCUGAAACCGGAGAGGCAGUUGGGUCUCCAGAGGAUGAAUCUCUGGGGAGUGAAGCAGCACAGAUACUGCUUUCUACUCUUACCGAUGGACAAAGUGAGGAAAACGAUGCUGACACUGAAAACAGAGAGCCUGGGUCCCGGCUGGUUGUGCUGCACAUUCACGAAGACUCAGAGUCCGUUUCUAUGCCUGUAGGAGCUGGCUCCGACAUUUCGUCUCCAUCAAACAUUGACUGGGAAGUAGAAACAGAGCUUUCUGAUUCGCCAGCAGGUGGAGACAUCGCACCACCAGAUGGUGCCAGCAAGGGAAUGUCACAGCUAGAAGAGGAUAAAAUAACCCCUGCCAAAGAACCUGAGCAGAAGCAGUCAGAAUACAUGGAAGAAAGAUGUGCAGAGGAGAAUGAGAAUCAGCAUGCCCUACAAAUGGAUUACAUCCUUAUAAACCAUGAAGAAAAUUCACCCCUGACACCACAGGCCCACGAAGCAAGAGAAAGCAUAUCUGAAUUAGAAAAAUCACAAACAGGUCUCGAAGAAACAGGGCUGCCAGAAACCCAGUUAGCAAACCUCCCAGAAACCUGUCAGCCUGCCUCCUUAAGUGAAAGAAACGAUCCUUCUGUAGAGAGAAUGCCUUCGAAAAAUGACAGAAGCUCAUCUCUUGAAAGCCUUGUGCAAGGCCAGAGCUGGAUGGUCCUGGGCCAUCGAGAGGUUGGUGAUCCACCCUUGGUAGUCAGGGACCCAGAGCCUGGAUGGGUUGACAAAGCUGAGGAGCCCUUUUCUGAUCUUGGCCUGCGUGACAGUCCCCGGGUGCAGGAUCUGGGAGAAAUGAAGUCUUUAGAAUCUUUAGCACUAGAGGAAGCUUCUGGUGUGGUCACCCAAUCACGGAAGAGCAGGGGCCGAGGCAGGGUUGGCCCAGAUGAAGUUAUGUUGCAGCCUGUCACCCAUGACAAUGAAUGGGAAAUGCUUUCACCACAGCCUCCUCAGAGAAGCAUAGCCCCUGAAACGGAAAUGGAGGAGGAGACAGAGUUCCUUGAGCCCAGAAUCAGGAAACCAAGACCAAACGGACUCCUGUCAGAGGAUGUAGGAAUGGACAUCCCCUUUGAGGAGGGAAUGAUGAGCCCCAGUGCUGCAGACAUGAGGCCUGAACCCCCUAAUUCUCUGGACCUUAAUGGUACACAUUCUCGACGAAUCAAGCUCACAGCUCCGAAUAUCAAUCUUUCUCUAGACCAAAGUGAAGGGUCUAUCCUCUCUGAUGACAACCUGGACAGUCCAGAUGAAAUCGAUAUCAAUGUGGAUGAACUCGAUACCCCUGAUGAAGCAGACUCUUUUGAGUACCCUGGCCAUGAAGAUUCCACAGCCAACAAAGAUUCUGGCCAAGAAUCAGAGUCUAUACCAGAAUAUACAGCUGAAGAGGAGCGGGAGGACAACCGGCUGUGGAGGACAGUGGUGAUUGGAGAGCAAGAGCAGAGGAUUGACAUGAAGGUCAUCGAGCCCUACAGAAGAGUCAUUUCUCAUGGAGGAUACUAUGGGGAUGGUCUAAAUGCCAUCAUUGUGUUUGCUGCCUGUUUUCUGCCAGACAGCAAUCGGGCGGACUACCAUUAUGUCAUGGAAAAUCUUUUCCUAUAUGUAAUAAGUACAUUAGAGCUAAUGGUAGCGGAAGACUACAUGAUCGUGUACUUGAAUGGUGCAACCCCGAGACGGAAGAUGCCAGGACUAGGCUGGAUGAAGAAAUGCUACCAGAUGAUUGACAGACGGUUGCGGAAAAAUUUGAAAUCAUUCAUCAUUGUUCAUCCAUCUUGGUUCAUCAGAACAAUCCUUGCAGUGACACGACCUUUUAUAAGUUCCAAAUUCAGCAGUAAAAUUAAAUAUGUGAGUAGCUUAUCAGAACUCAGUGGGCUGAUCCCCAUGGACUGCAUUCACAUUCCAGAGAGCAUCAUCAAGUACGAUGAAGAGAGAUCUUAUAAGAGAAGUGUGAGACUGGAUGAAGAACUGAGGGAAGCAUCAGAAGCAGCUAAAACUAGCUGCCUGUACAAUGAUCCAGAAAUGUCUUCUAUGGAGAAAGAUAUUGACCUGAAGCUGAAAGAAAAGCCCUAGUUGCCCAUGGCUGGAGGAAGAGGAUGCUUCUCUGCUUCCUGGUUCUGCUGAAACUUAACCUUCCUGGAAGAGACAGGGCUGUUGUUCAAUUUUCCACUUUGCACUACUUGGUGCCAUUCUAAAUUUCUAAGGGGAAAAUAGGAAGGGAAUUUGUUUACUCCAAAUGUUUUAUGAAAUUGUGUGUAUUUUCCUAUUUUGCCAAUUAUGUGCCUCAAAGAUUUUUGUUGAACCUUAGCAAGAAAGUAGGACCUUCCAUUUCAAUAUUUCAUUAACACUUGGUGCAGUGGUAUGUCAGCCCUUAGACUGGUGUUAACCAAUAAGAUACCUUCAAUCCACUGUAAGUGUGGGUGAAUCUGUCUCCAUAGGUUAGCUAGGUUUCUCCGUGGUGAUUGUUUUAGGUUUAAAGUACACAAGGGCUCAGCUCUCCCAGGAGAGGUGCCCCUAUGUAACCCCACCUUCAAAAUCCUGAGCCCGCUUAGGACAGCCAUAAACCAGAACACGGUGUGAAAUCAGCAGCAGUGAAAUGCCCGCUGUGUUCUUGUUCCUAUAAGUCUUCUGUGACUUCUCAAAGAAAAGACAGGCUUUCUAAUUCACAUCAACUUUAUUUUCAUGAUCAGAUUGGACACUAUCUUUUAUAUAAAUUGGUCCUUUUUAAAAAUCAGCAUUUCUCUAACAAAUAUUGAAGACCUCCACAUUGCAAAAUUUAAGUAGCAUUUCUGGUAACUGAAAUGUGGUGCUUCAGGCCAUAAAUAACUCAAGAAAUCAUGCUUUAAGUCUCAAGGUCUCUGGUAUUAACCCACUCAAAACUUAUUUGAAAACAUUCAGGUAUCCAGAUUUCUCUGACAUGCAUUAUAAAAAGUGAUCUGCUUUAAAACACUUUGAUUUGACCACAGGUUUCAAGUUCAACAUGAUAGUAAGAACUAUCAUUUACAAGCUCUUUCAUUUAUACUCAUCAUAUGUCCUUCAAAAUGCCAGUGGGAUUUCAAAUUCAGGUCCCAACAGUGGUUGACACUCUGAACAAUGGCUGAAUCGAAUGUACCACCACCAUUAAGAAUGAUUUUCACAUUUGUGAUAGGAGACUUUUAAAAAAUACUUAAUAGUAUAUGAAAAUUACUUACAUUUAAGUAUCCACAAAGUGUUAUUGGUCCAACCAGAUGGCAUGGUGGUUAAGGUGGUCAGAGCAGCUGGGUCCCAUAUAGCCCACUGUGUAGUUCAAGUCCUGGAA